GUGUUUGAGAUGCGUUUUGCCAAGAUGCCGGACGAGCCCGAGGAGCCGCCCGUGGCCGCCUCCUCCCCCGCCGUGGCCCCGCCCCCCGGGAAGGUGGCCCCGCCCCCCUCGUCCAGCGACAGCUCCAGCGACAGCUCCAGCGACAGCGACAGCUCCAGCGACGACUCGGAGGAGGAGCGGGCGCAGCGCCUGGCCGAGCUCCAGGAGCAGCUGAAGGCGGUGCACGAGCAGCUGGUGGCGCUGUUCCCCUAAAAAUCCCCCCAAAAAUCCCCUAAAAUCCCUUAAAAUUCUUCUAAAAUCCCUUAAAAAUUCUCCCAAACCCCUAAAAUUCCUAAAAAUUCCCCAA